ACCAGUACACUUCAGAAAUCACCGAUCAAACUCAAAGGCCAAAAUGCCAAACCCACUUUGCACACUUCUCUUCUCGUCCCUCUUCAUCCUCUCUUUCGUUCCACCACCACUCUCCGCCCACUCUCCGCCGCAGCCACCGUCCUCUGCCUGCAGGUCCACCCUCUACCCCAAGCUAUGCCUCUCCAUUCUCUCCGCCUUCCAACACUCCCCCGCGAGUUCCGACAACUACAGCAAAUUCUCCGUCAAGCAGAGCCUCAAACACGCCCGCCGCUUGUCCGAUUCCAUCCUCCAUUUCCUCGCAAACAACACGAAACAAAAGUCCCUGAUGAGCUACGCCGAGAUCAGCGCGCUCAAUGACUGCCACCACCUCCAAGAACUCAAUGUCGACUACUUGGAAACCAUCACCGGCGAGCUGAAAACGGCGGAGAACAUGAGCGACGUGCUGGUGGGCAGAGUGCAGAGCUUGCUGAGCGCCGUCGUGACAAAUCAGCAGACUUGUUACGACGGGCUGGCGGAUGCGGGCAGCGGGAUUGCGAGGGCGUUGGCUGCGCCGCUCGGAGAUGCGGCUGCGAUGUACAGUGCUUCGCUUGGGUUGGUGACGCAUGCAUUGGGCAGUGGGCGGAGGAGGCGGAAGGGGGGUGGCGGAGUGUCGGGGCGGAGGGGGGCGAUGGAGUUGGAUUGGGCACGACUCCCCACUUCCGUGCUUAUCGAGAUCCUACACGCAUCGGAGGAGUCUCCCAAGGGCCGACGUCUUCUCGGAGAACUAGACAUGGAUGGUGGAAUUCAUGUCAACGAUACUGUUACAGUUAGCCCUUACGGAGGUGGCAACUUUACAACCAUAAACGAGGCCAUUGCUUUUGCGCCUAAUAACUCAGCGAUCGAGGAUGGCUACUUCAUCAUCUAUGCGAUGCAAGGUUAUUACGAAGAGUACGUUGUGGUUCCAAGAAACAAGAAGAAUAUAAUGUUGAUUGGAGAUGGGAUCAACAGCACUGUUAUUACUGGAAACCGGAGUGUCAUUGAUGGCUGGACCACCUUCAAUUCUGCCACCUUUGUUGUCUCCGGGGAACGUUUCGUUGCGAUCGACAUAACGUUCAAGAACACAGCUGGCCCAGAGAAGCACCAAGCCGUGGCAGUGAGAAACAACGCAGAUCUCUCCACAUUCUACCGUUGCAGCUUUGAAGGCUAUCAAGACACGCUCUACAUCCACUCCCUGAGGCAAUUCUAUAGAGAAUGUAACAUUUACGGCACUGUGGACUUCAUAUUUGGCAAUGCUGCUGCCGUCUUCCAAAACUGCAAUCUCUUUGCCCGGAAGCCAAUGCCUAACCAAAAGGUGGCCUUCACAGCCCAAGGCCGGACCGAUCCAAACCAGAACACCGGCAUAUCCAUCCACAACUGCACCAUCGAAGCUGCACCCGACUUAGCAAUGGACCUAUACUCAUCAAGUUUGAGCACGAAUUAUCUUGGCAGGCCGUGGAAAGAGUACUCAAGAACCGUGUACAUGCAGUCAUACAUCGGGAGCUUCAUUAAUCCGGUAGGAUGGUUGGAAUGGAACGGGACCAAGGGAUUAGACACCCUUUAUUAUGGAGAGUACGAGAAUUAUGGUCCAGGUGCUAAUACAAGCAUGAGAGUGCAGUGGCCUGGUUAUAGUGUAAUGAAUGCUUCUGAAGCCUUCAACUUCAGUGUAUAAUUUAACUAUGGGGGAUACCUGGUUGCCCGAUACUACCAUUCCAUUCUCUGCAGGAUUGCUGCAGUACUGAU